GAGGAGCGCGGCGAGCGCUGCCCAGAAUGGCGGGCAGGCAGAGGCAGAGCCGCCGGCGAGCAGCCGGGCGAGUGCUGCUGCCCGCUUUGCUGCUGGGCUUGUGCUGCCGGGCGGCGCCGGACCGGGUCCGCUACGCCAUCCCCGAGGAGCUGGGCAGAGGCUCGCUGGUGGGGCCGCUGGCGCGGGACCUGGGGCUGAGCCCGGCCGACCUGCCGGCACGCCAGCUGCGGCUCAGCGCCGAGAAGCAGUACUUCGGCGUGAGCGGGGAGACCGGGAACCUCUACGUGAGCGAGAGGCUGGACCGGGAGGAGAUGUGCGGCGAGGCGGCGUCCUGCUCCGUCAGCUUCGAGGCGCUGGUGCAGAACCCGCUCAACGUUUUCCACGUCGAGGUGGCCAUCCUGGACAUCAACGACAACGCCCCGCGCUUCCUGCAAGACAGUUUCCAGCUGGAGAUCAACGAGUUCACUUCUCCCGGUGCCCGGUUUGCCUUGGGCACGGCCGAGGACGCGGACGUGGGCAGCAACUCGCUGCAGGGCUACGAGCUGGAGGCCAACGGGUACUUCGCGGUGGAGGCGAAGGAGAGCCAGGACGGCAGCAAGUUCGCGGAGCUGGUGCUGCGGCGCGCACUGGACCGGGAGAGCGAGCAGAGCCUGCGGCUGGUGCUGACGGCGCUGGACGGCGGCGAGCCGCCCCGGAGCGGCACCGCCCAGCUCUGCAUCAACGUCACCGACGCCAACGACAACCCACCCGUGUUCGCGCAGGACCGCUACCGCGCCAGCCUGCGGGAGGACGCGCCGCCGGGCUCGGUGGUGCUGAACGUCUCCGCCUCCGACGCCGACGCCGGCACCAACGCUCGCAUCACUUACGGCUUCGGGAAACUGCCGGCCAAGGUGCUUCAGAAGUUCGUGGUGGACGCGGAGAGCGGGACGAUCACGCUGCAGGAGGCGCUGGACUUCGAGGACACGCGAGGCUACACACUGCUGGUGGAGGCAAGGGACGGGGGCGGUCUGGUGGCACACUGCAAGGUGGAGGUGGAGGUGCUGGACGUGAACGACAACGCGCCCGAGGUGACACUGACGUCGGUGUCGAGCCCGGUGCCCGAGGACGCGCCUGCCGGCACGGUGGUGGCCCUGGUGAAAGUGCGGGACCGGGACUCCGGGGAGAACGGGCAGGUGUCGUGCGAGCUGUCGGGCGAGGCGCCGCUGUCGAUCGUGGCGUCGUCGGGCGGCUCGUACAAGGUGGUGACGGCGAGCGCGCUGGACCGGGAGCAGGCGCCCGAGCACCGGGUGGCGGUGGUGGCCAGGGACCGGGGCAGCCCGGCGCUCUCCAGCCGCGCGGCGCUGGUGCUGGAGGUGUCGGACGUGAACGACAACGCGCCGGUGUUCGAGGAGGCCGCCUACAGCGCCUACGUGGCGGAGAACAACGCGGCGGGCGCGCCGGUGCUGCGCGUGCGCGCGCGGGACGCGGACGCGGGCGCCAACGGGCGCGUCAGCUACUGGCUGGCGGGCGGCAGCGCGGGCGCGGCGCCGUACGUGUCGGUGGAGGCGCGGAGCGGCGCGGUGUACGCGCAGCGCUCCUUCGACUACGAGCAGUGCCGCGAGUUCGCGGUGGCGGUGCGGGCGCAGGACGGCGGGGCGCCGGCGCGGAGCUCGACGGCGACGGUGCGCGUCUUCGUGCUGGACCGCAACGACAACGCGCCGCGGGUGCUGUGGCCGGCGGCGGGCGCGGGCGCGGCGGGGGCGGGCGCGGGGGCGUCCCCGGCCGCGGCCCCGUUCGAGGUGGUGCCGCGGUCGGCCGAGGCCGGGUACCUGGUGGCCAAGGUGGUGGCGGUGGACGCGGACGCGGGGCGCAACGCGUGGCUGUCGUACGAGCUGGUGCAGGCGCCGGAGCCGGCGCUGUUCCGCGUGGGGCUGCACAGCGGCGAGGUGCGGACGGCGCGGGCCGUGUCGGAGAGGGACGCGGCGAAGCAGCGGCUGGUGGCCGUGGUGAAGGACCACGGGCAGCCGGCGCUGUCGGCCACGGCCACGCUGCACGUGGUGCUGGCCGAGAGCUUGCAGGAGGCGCUGCCGGAGCUGAGCGAGCGGGCGGCGGGCGCCGACUCGCCGGCGGAGCUGCAGUUCUACCUGGUGCUGGCGCUGGCGCUCCUCUCCGCCCUCUUCCUGCUGAGCGUGGCGCUGGCCGUGCUGGCGCGGGUGCGCCGGGCCGGGCCGCCCGCCGUCCUGCGCUGCCUGGGCGCGCAGCGCUUCUCCGUGGCCGGCGCCGCCUUCCCGGCCGACUUCUGCGAGGGCACCUUGCCCUACUCCUACAACCUGUGCGUGGCGCCGGGCCGCGCCGUCGCCGAGGGCGCUUGGCUGCCGCCGCCGCUGCCCAGCCUGGCCGCGGAGGAGCUUCUCGGCGCGGAGCCCUGCGGGAAGCGGAGCCCGACCAGCAGCGCCGGCGCGGGAGAGCCGCCCGCGGACGCCGAGGCCCCGCAGGUCUGUAAGCCCGCGCAGUCCUUGCCUCUGAGCCUUUCCUAAGCUCACGCUGAGGGGAGUGGGCUCUUGCUCGUCCUUUGGCCGCUUGGGCGCCUGCUGCCGCUCUCCCUUUCCAAGAACGAAUGAAAGGGCCAACGCUAAGGCUGUGCUAUGGGCUAGUUGUUUUCUCUUUGUGAUGGACCCCCGAACCGAGGGGGCAUGUGCAUCGCUGCCUGCUGCUGAGUUACUCUCGAGCGGAGCAGCAAGUCCUAAGUGUAAGCACGGUCUGUACCGUGUAAGGCUGUAAAAACAAAAGAAAACAAAAAACCCCGAAAAAACAAAGUGGGGCGAAAUGGAGGCUGAUUGAGAGCGGCCUCCGAUGUGCAGCCGAAAAGCAACGAAGUCGAGAGUGAAGGGCCGUCCCUGAGGAGGACUCCUUGUGAGGGGGGAUCUUCAUUGCUGCCUUGUGCUAUGGCUGGGGGUUUGGGAAACUAAUGUGGCUGGUGGCGUUCCAGUGUGACACACUUUUGAUCUGCGGAAGGGUGAGGGAAAAGUCGUGCAAGCACGACUGCUGCUAAUUGCUGUGCAAGUAGUGGUGGAGAUUGUGCUUUUGAACUAACGGGCCAAGACUGGUAAUGAGCUGCACGGAAUAUUAAGAGCACUUUAUGUCUACAUUGUAUCACCAUAACAAAAACAUUUAUCCCUGCGGUAGAAAUAACACAACCACGGGAGGCGUGUCAUUUCCUUCUGGUCGUCAUCGCCCCUUCCUAGCCGAUUCCUUCACGUUAUCGAAUUAAUUGUUUAGGUGUAAAUGCCUAUGAAGUAUGCAGACCCUUAAUUUAUGUGGCCUAAUGGCAAAUCACCCAUUCAAGUCCGUUAAUUUUCCUUUUUCGGUAUUAGCUGCCUCUGUAGGUCUUCCAACAGUUUAAUGAUGUAGCCAUUAGCUCAGUGACUUCACUGAAGCACUCCAUUGCUCUCAUCCCGUUCUAAAAUACUGUCGGGACUUGACGACUAGCGGGAAAAUAGGCGCAGAAAAAAAAUUGGGAGCAACGCAAAGGUGUCGUAUGGCUGCAAUCACCCUCCACCCACAGAAUGGGCCGUAUGAAGGGGAGUAUUUCAAGGAAAGUUCCUGAAGCGUGGGUUCAUGAGCCUGAUAUACUUGCUUCUCCGGGGGGGUGUGUGGGAUGUGUGUGUCCGAAUAUCACGUUUUGUAUUUCAGAGCCUGUUUUCUCUUGCUUUCCUUGUAGCAGUCAUUCAAGAAUGACGGCUACAAAAAUUCGUGUUAGAGA